AUGCAUGCCACGCCAUCUCCGCUCUGUCCCUGUCCCCAUCUGGAGUGUUCCUUGUCCUCAGGGUUUGCCUUCUCUCAGCUGCUGCCCCGUCUGCCAUUCGGAAGGGACUCCUUCAUGCCUCCUUUCUAUCUCAGCGAGAGGCCUCGUUUCUGCCUGGUGUUUGCAUUGGUUCCAUUCGGGGAUCGGGCUUUAUCUGGACCAGCCCUGUGCACAGAGAGCAUCUGUAGACCAGUGUUGUCCUGGGGAGAGGUGUGCCCCUCCCUGCCCCGUGUGGCACACCAGCUGGCAGGCGUGGGGCGCUGUGGGCCUCCGUCCUGCUGCGGGGGCCUGGCUGUCUGCCGGUCCUCUCACCCCGGAGUCCACUCAGCUGCCAACACUGCCUUCCGGAAUCUCACGUCUCAGGCCACUUCCUGCUUAACCCAGAGUAGUGGCAGCUCGCUGCCCUUCGGGGUGAAGGCUGAGUUGGUAACCGUGACCUAG